AUGGUGACCAUGAUGAAUAUUAUGGUCCUUUUGCUAGCAGUAGCAGCAAGCCUAGGGUUUGUAGUUGAAGCUCAAGUAGGUCUUCCACCUCCUCCUAUCCCUGGCCUCCCUCCUCCUAUCAUCCCACCAGCCUUUCCAAACCCUAGCAUUCCUGGUCUCCUCCCUCCUAUCACUCCAUCAGGCCUUCCUGUUCUCCCUCCUCCUAUCACUCCACCAGGCCUUCCUAACCCUUAUCUUCCCGGUCUCACUCCACCUGGCUUUCCUAACCCUUAUCUUCCCAGUCUCACUCCACCUGGCUUUCCUAACCCUAAUCUUCCAGGUCUCACUCCACCAGCCUUUCCUAACCCUAAUCUUCCAGGUCUCACUCCACCAGCCUUUCCUAACCCUAAUCUUCCCGGUCUCACUCCACCAGCCUUUCCUAACCCAUUAAUCCCUGGCCUCUCUCCUCCAACUACUCCUAGUGCACCAGUUCCAAGCCCUCCUCCUUAUUUUAAUCCUUUGGAUCCAAACAUUCCACUCCCUCCAUAUAGUCCUCAACCAUCACCUUCUGUUGAAGCUCCUGCCAACAGUCCUCAACUUUCAACUUUUACACUCCCACCAGAACUUUAUAAAAACAUAGGAAAAGCACCACCCUUUGUUGUAGCACCCAAUACUCCUCUACCACCGGGUGUUGUUAUACCACCACCACCACCCCUAAACACUCCACCGCCACCUGGUUGGUCGGCUGAAAAGAUCGCCCUUAAAAACGGCAUUUGUGGUGUUUCCUGCGCUUACGAAUGCCAAGCCCCCGCCGUCUGGAGCAUUCCCACAGCAAAAAAUACCAAUGGGUUUUUCCGUGGACGCGGCGGCGGUGGCGGAGGCGGAGGCUUUUUCCGUCCAGUCCGUCCUGUCCGUCCUGUUACUCCCGUCCCCGUUCCCGUUACUCCUGUCCCCGUUAUCCCUUCACCCGUUAUCCGCCCUCCCCCCAUCCCUACUCCAACCAAACCAAAUCCACCCUCACCGCCUAGUCCCGUUGCUCCAGCCAAACCGAAUCCCCCACCCAAUCCUCCCACCGGUCUAUCUCCACCCUCACCGCCUAGUCCCGCUGCUCCUGCCAAACCGAAUCCCCCACCCUCUCCUCCCACCGGUCCAUCUCCACCCGGUUCUCCCACCGGUCCAUCUCCACCCAGUGCUCCUGCUAGUCCAUCUCCACCUGGUUCUCCGGCUAGUCCAUCUGCACCUGGUUCUCCAGCCAGUCCAGCCAAACCCGGUCCUCCGGCUAGUCCAUCGCCACCCGGUUCUCCCUCCGCUCCAUCGCCACCUGGUUCUCCCGCCGCUCCAUCUUCACCAGGUACUCCUGUCACACCAGUGACACCUGCGAGUCCCGUGGAUCCAGUUCAUCCUGUGGACCCCAAUCACCCCGUACCCGGUUACCGUUACUCAAGAAAACGGGGUAUGAAUCAAGCAGGUUGUGUCGCUGCGUGUAUUCUCCAAUGCAACCAGGAAUAUUUACUUAGUCUCGUUCCUUGA